AGGUGAAAGUUGAUAAUCAAUAUGAUUUUCAAGAUAUUGCAAGUGUUGUUGCCAUGGCGAAAACCUAUGUAACUACCGAGCCCUUUAUAGAUUCUAAGUACGAUAUCCGGAUUCAGAAGAUUGGAAACAACUAUAAAGCGUACAUGUAAGUGUGUGAAUAUAGUGGGCUAUGAGAUACAAGGCAUCCUUUUGAAAUGCUAUAUGUUCAUAAAUAGUAUAUGUUUAGCUAAACAUCUGUAGUGAAGAAAUGUUUUGUUUCUUUUAGUGAAGAAAGUUUGUUUAUUGGUAAAUUAGAAAGAACUGUUUAAACUAUUUUUUUUUUAAAUUCUUUAUUUUUCAUGUGGAAAGGUAACAGAUUCAUGAAUUUGGCCACAACAGCCUCGACACAACGAUUAGAAUCAGUGCAUAUUAAAUACAAGGCAUUGUUGUGUGCUAGUCACACACAUUUUAUAUUUACAAUAAGUCACAUUGUUAUAGUGAGGUUUUGAAAUCUAAUAACUGUGGGGGUGGAAGACUUCUGUCUGCCUAAGACACCCUAAGUUCUGUGGAGUCGUGGGUGGAGGGGGGAAGGCAGUUACAGCUAGGUCCAGUGGCUGUUCCCAAUUCCAGAUCGUGCGACUAUAAGUUAUGGGUGUUGGGUGUGUCUCUUGGCCCUUCCGAGUUUGGACAGGAAGCGAGUUGCGGUAGUUGCGGGGUCUCUCUAUGUGUGCCCUUUCUAGGACUAUGUCCGCUCCUCUUUUUGUCCCUGAUUGUAGCUAUUGGUGGGUACCCAUGUGUGCGGUGCUCUAGGUGUCCAAAGGUGUCUUUUUGGCCCUAGUGGUAGCUGCAGGUUGUUCCUGGUCAGUGUAGUAACCAGAAGUUUGUGUCUAGGUAUAUAUAUAAGUCGCUGUAGUGUGACAGGAUCAAGUUGUGCCCUUGGGGCUUUAGGCUAGGGGUAUCAGACCUUGCGGUGAGCUUGAUUCCAGUCAGGGUUACUAUGUUGCCCUUGAUGUUGUUUCCCAUUAACCCCAGGGAGGGGGGGAUUGUUAUCGGAGCUAGUGUGCUUGGCUCUGGUGGGCCUUUUUAGCACUGUAAUGGCCGUCAGAGUGUGGGAGAACUACAUAUAACUUAAAUGAUCAGUCUUAUUAACUUAAAAUAUUUAAACGAAUUAAACUAAGGCCUAUGAGACCGUCGGUGAGGCAGUUUGUUCAGGUUUUGGUUUUCGGGCCUCUGCUUGUUCCAGGGGUUGCGGAUGAAUCUGUGCUCGUUGUCCCUGGUCGAUGAUCUGGCUGUGUCGCUGAGGUCGCUGCGAGGUUCGAUAUUCCCAAUGCGGUCAGUGCUGGGCCCUCUGUGUGGUCGGUGGCCCUGUAGUGCUUGUCAUCUUUAGUGAUCCAGAGAGUUCCUGGUGUUGCCCAUCUAUAGGCGACUCCUGUGGCUUGGAGUUGUUUGGUGAUUGGUUGCAUACUUUUGCGCCAUAUCAGUGUGGCCCUGCUCAAGUCCUGAAAGAAAGAGAGAUUGCUGUCUUCAAAGUCAAGAGGUGUCUUCCCUUGGAUAGCUGCCAUUAGCCCCAGUUUGUCCAACAUUGAUUGGCAUCUCAAUAUUAUGUCCCGUGGGGCUGAGUUGGGUGCUUGUGGGGAUUUGGCUAUCCUGUAAAACCCGUCACAAGGCGUCUAGUGAAGUGUGGCAACUCUUCCAGCGGUAUUGAUUCAGGUACCCCUCGGAUUUUUAUAUUUUUUCGGCACCCUCUGUCAUCUAGGAGGGUAACUUGCCUGGACAUUGUCGCUUGUGCAGCUUGGAGGUGUCGCACCUUCUCCCCCAGUUCCUGGUAAUUCUCUCUUAGUCCCUUUACCUCCUCUUCUACAGCCUGAGUGCGCGUGGACACGGCGUGCACAUCUAGUUUAAGCACUGCCAGGUCCGCUUCCCACAUUUGUCUUAAGUUCUGUUGCAGGCCUGUCAGCAUAGCCUGUAUAUCUUGUUUUGAGGCCGGUGCGUUGGCUUCUGGCAUCCACGUGUGUGUGGGGUGUUCGGGAUUAAGGUGUGGGCUGUCUAGCGGUUCUCCCUCUUCUGAUGGUACCGGGGAUGUUUCACGGGGGGUCUGUGCCUUUACUGCGAUUGGGGCCUGUAACAUUUGGCCUAUGUUGUGCUGCGGUUUCGGGGCGUUUUAUGGCAGUUUCUGCGUUCUGCGCCCCAUCUCACCUGAGCUGUGUGUGCUGGGGUACCAGUCCUCAAAGUCUGGGACACUCCAGGGCCAGUGUUCUCCCGUGCUGGGUUGAGGCUGCCUCCUCUAUUUAUCGAGCCGGGCGUCAGGAGAAACGGCAUCGGCGGUCGCAGUGGGGUUCCCUGCGGUCUGUGGCUGAAUGUGUGGCCGGGAUUAAUGCGAGAUGCCUCCGAUGUUGCCGGAUUGCCGUGCGGUACCUCGGAGCCCCGGCAAUGUGCGUCCGCUCCGGUCCGUUGCUAGGCUCCGCCCCACAACUAAUUUAAUUUUAAUCUAAUGCACUCAUAAUAAUUUUUCACAUAGUAUGAUGUUUUAUACACAUGCAGAGAGUGUAGGGAUUUUCAUAGAAGCAGAAAGUAAAGAAUGAUGAUAGAAGGGUGGUUGACACAAAAAAGACCAAGUGGAGAGGGACAAGAAAGGGGAUUGCAUAUUAAGUACAUGUGAAGGAAGAACAAGGGGAAACGUAAAUAACAUGCAGUGGAGAGAAGGAACGACAAGGGGCAUGAAUAAUAUGCAGUGGGGAGAGGGAAGGACAAGGGGCAUGAAUAAUAUGCAGUGGGGAGAGGGAAGGACAAGGGGCAUGAAUAAUAUGUAUUGGGGAAAGGGAAGGACAAGGGGCAUGAAUAAUAUGCAGUGGGGAGAGGGAAGGACAAGGGGCAUGAAUAAUAUGCAGUGGGGAGAGGGAAGGACAAGGGGCAUGAAUAAUAUGUAGUGGGGAAAGGGAAGGACAAGGGGCAUAAAUAAUAUGCAGUGGGGAGAGGGAAGGACAAGGGGCAUGAAUAAUAUGCAGUGGGGAGAGGGAAGGACAAGGGGCAUGAAUAAUGUGCAGUGGGGAGAGGGAAGGACAAGGGGCAUGAAUAAUAUGCAGUGGGGAAAGGGAAGGACAAGGAGAGUGAAUAACAUUGCAGAUUAGAAAAAAGGAAUGAUGGAGAAAGUAGAGAUAGCUACUUUGAACUAAAAAUACAUACUACAUUCCCACAUAUUAAGAGGGACCGAAAAUAUAGUGUGUGAUUAUGUACAGUUGUGCUCAAAAAUCUGCAUACCCUUAGUUCUUAAUGCUGUGUAUUGCCCCCUUUAGCAUCAAUAACAGUGUGCCAUCUUUUGUAAUAGUUGUCUAUGAGGCCCUAAUUCUUGCAGGUGGUAUAGCUGUCCAUUCAUCUUGGCAAAAUGCCUCCAGGUCAUGCAAAUUCUUCGGUCGUCUUGCCUGAACCGCACCUUUGAGAUCUCAAUUUUCUGCUGUAACCACUGGAGGGUCAACUUGGCCUUGUGCUUAGGGUCAUUGUCAUGCUGGAAAGUCCAAGAGCGUCCCAUGCGCAGCCUCUGUGCAGAAGAAUGCAAAUUGUCUGCCAGUAUUUUCUGAUAACAUGCUGGAUUCAUCUUGCCAUCUAUGGCAAAAUUUUGCAAUUUCUGCCACGGUAUGCAAACUUUUGAGUACAGCUGCAUAUAUGUAUGCGCAUACAAAGCACCUUGUAUUUCUACAGGUAAGUCCUCUAACUGAAUAUACAGUGAGUGUGCAGAGUAUCAGAGAUCUUACUAAAGGGAUUAUUACAUGGAAUGUAAAUAGUACCCAAAGUGAAUUUCAAAUUUAGACCAAAAUAGCUGAACUGGAAACAUAGCUGACUUGGAGAUUUUUCCAGUUCAGCUAUUUUAACAUUAAAUAUGAUAUUAACUGUAUAAGUGGAAUGUUUAAACAUUGUUUAUGUCAGUAUAAUAGGAAAGAAAAGGGAAUCCCCAUGUCUCAGUUGACUCAUUCCCAUAUGACUCACCCUUCAUGGAUCAAAGAUUAAAUUGUAAAACUGUUUCUUUUCCCCUGGUUAUGUGGCUGAGUGACCCACACAUCUCUAAAUAGUGUAUCCUCUUCCCCAAAGGUAUACAGACUGUAACUUGGAAAUUAUUUGAAGGCUCCCCAGACAAUAACUCUUUCUAACUCUGGCUCUGACGGUUAGAUAAACAUUUAGAGAACACUGGAUGCUUCAGACAAAAUUAUAUUAAUUAAUUUCUAGAUGCACACACUUUGUUUCCUAUAUGUUAUUUGAAAUAUGUAUUAAAUCUUAUUUAACUGGCGAAAAAACAAUACUUCUCCUGAUCUGUUAGAUUAUUUAGGAAGAACUUGCUGUUCCCCUUUGAUUAUAACUGCUUCACCACCUCCAAGAAAGCCGUUGAUAGGCCGCAGAACCCUUUGUCCGAGAUUUCUCUUCUAUCGUACAAGAAGUCUAUGCUGAUCCCACAGGCUUUGGGAAAGCUUUAAGGACUUCAAAGUAGAAAAUAUUGAACCAAAAGUCCAUUAAAUUCACAAAAUUACAAGAUUUCUCUCAGAGCUCAAUCAGGGUGCAACUGCUCAGCAUGGCAGUCAAGCCCCGCCUCCCUAAGUUUGGUUUCUUGCACAUUCCCAUAUGAGUAAUCUAUUUUUGGUCAAUGCUUAUAUUAAUUAGAUGAAGAUAUUUAAAAAAAAUAAAAAUUAAAUAUACAGUUUACAUGUUAUACGUAACAUCAUGUCUGAUAAUGGACAUGUUAGUGAUUUUCUGUGCAGCAUAAUAAGUGUGGAGAGUUUUCCUGGUGUGGUGAGCUGGCUUGUGAAGACCAUACAUGGGAAAGAAUGGAAGGCCACAGCCUCUGUUUGCCUCUUGUACAGGCUUGAACUCUACGUCCUUAGAUAUCAAAAAAGCACUUUAUACACCUUCCAUCAUUGUUGACUGCAGUCCAAUAGGCCAUCAUAUAGACUCAGAGUAUUGCCUUCAAUCUGGAGAGUUGCAAUCAUUUCUUCUUUCCAAUAUCCUCAUGUGCCAUAUAGUUAUAAAACUUUAAAACAAUGUCUCUGUGAUAAGUCUAGAUUGGGGUGUGCUCGAUAAAUGUGGUCAAGUCUAAAAUAGUCUGGAAAAGUCUUGAAGGUCUGUAAUUGUCUCUACAACUCAUUUGAUACAGUUACUACAAUAGGCACUUAUCAUCAAGAAAAUUCUGCACAAACAUGAACCCUGAUGAGUGUAAUUCUUUUACAAUUUGCUUUACUCACAGUCAGUUUGAGUUUGGAGAUUCCUGAUGCAUAGUGAAUUCUCCAGAAUGUUCAUCAUAUUUUGCAUGACAGGUGCAGUGACGCCAUAUGGGCAGGUGAAUUUGUACCUGUCAAACCCACACCCAACUCCUUUAAUAAAAACACAACACUACUAUGUAUGGGCAAAUGUGUCCACAGCUUUAUUGAAAAUAAUAUAAUAUUAAAAGUCAUUGCCCCCCACCUUUUGCCAUCUUAUAUUUUAGCAGACCCAAAAAUAAAUAGGGCAAUGACUAACCAUAAAUAACGUAUAAUAAUAUAUAGGAAAUAGGAGAAAGUGAUGUAUAGCAUCCCACAAGGGCAAACUAAUAUCAGGAGAGCUCAACUGGUAUAAGAAAUUUGGAAGGGGGAUCCUAGCUUUAAUCAAUCUAAGGAUAAACAGCGAUAUGCAAACAAAAAGUAUAACUUGAAAAAAGGGAGAUCUACUAAACGGUGCCCAAGGAAUCCAUUAUCUGGAGUACUAAAUAGCAUCUGAGUCCAAGUUCCCCUGUUGUCCGACUGUCGGGAACUUUAAUAGGGAGAGUUGGUUCAGGUAGACACUAGUGGUUAGACUACUAGUGUCGAGGUAACUCUUAUUGUGAAUUAAGAGAUUUUUCUUUUUUUUUUUUAGGCUUUUCAUUUGCGUUUAGACCAGAUUAUCUGGUCCCUUGUUCUCUGUGGACCCUGUGCCUUUUCUCUCUCCCUAACCUCGUUUACACUACCUUCCUGUCAGUCGGACACUAAUGGAUCCCCUGGGCCACCUUCUAGUAGAUCUCCCUUUUUCAAGUUUUUCAAGUUAUUCCUUUUUGUUUGCAUAUCCUUUUUUAUCCUUAGAUUGAUUAAAGGUAGGGCCACCCUCAUUUCUUAUACAGUGGAGCUCUCCUGAUGUUAGUUUCCCCUUGAAGGACUCUAUACUUCACUUUCUCCUAUUUCCUGCAUAUUUUGGAGGGUUACCCCCUUAUUGGAGCUCCCUAUUAGGUAGUUACAGUGGUGCAGCUCACAAGCCCCUCACUUGCAUGCAGGCUCCUGAGCUGCACUCUGUUUACUUUAUUUCUCCAUUUUGUGUUAUAUAAUAAUAUAGAACAAUAUAUAACACAUAAUCAAUAAAGUGCCAACAUUUACUUAACAUCCCAGUGGUGAGGGUAUACCCGGAUACCCCCACACCUCCGAGGCUCUGAGCCACCUACGGACUUGAAACCUUCCAACACCAUAACUAACUGAUAACUCCAAUUCUAUUUCACCACUCCUUUUUCCUACCCCUUGCUUGUGACCAAGCAGGGCAAGCAGACCACCCAAUCUCUAAGGGUGGGAGGGAGGGAGGGACAAAUCCACGUUGGUGAGUACAUUAAAAUUGGCUAUCCUAAAAUGACUGCCCCUAUAUAUAUGCACCCACCACUUAAUCCCAAUCUUCCAAUCCUGGUCCUGCUCCACCUAUGACCUCCUCCUAGCCCUGUUAGGCCCCCCUUCUACUAAACUGCGCUCGUUCCAAGGAGCUAUAUAUGAAUCCCUUUCUUAAUAAACAGCUUUUGAUUCUGUAAAGUGGGUUUAAGUGAAAGAGUAAUUUUACCUUUCUGUGCAUGGAUAUUCCCCUGGCCGUUAAAGGGUCACACAAAUAAUUGGGAGCUUGAGGAAAUCCCUGCUUGCAACUAACAUUCUCUGCAUAGCAUUGUUUUAUUAUACCUAAUAUAAGCGUCUCUUAUAUUUCACUGUAGGCAUUUUUCUGGACCCUUAGAUCCUGUCCCUGGCUUUACUGUAGUAGACAGCAAUGCAUUGUUUUUGUGUUCUUAGAGGAGCCAAAAGCAGCAUAAUGUGACCCUGAGGGUGUUUGUAGGAAACUUCCUGUACUACACUGAGUGACUGAGGGUCUGCACAAAAUUACACACUCCCUGCCUAGGCCUGUUAUAGCUUAAUUGUGUGCCCCAAGCAAGAUUAGAAAAUGGGGUCAUCCUUUCCUACACAUUAAUCAUCAUCACGCCAAGGACCCGGCGUGGCUAAUGACUAAAACACACAUUUAAUGCACUAUUAAGACAUGGGGCAGAUGCAAUUAGGAUUGUGUGAUCCUAAAUGUGUCUAGGUCAUGCUUUAUAGCGAUCCAUCCCACGUCUGCAAUCACUCAACAAGAAAUGUACCUUUUGAUUCUUCAGUACUCUUCGAUUAGAUUGUACUUAUUUCACUAGUGUACUUCUGUACCUCCAGUUAAGAGCCUCAGUCCCAGCCCAAUCUCUUGAUAUAGGGGUGCAUUCACUAAACUGUGCACUGAGGUGAAUUCACAUCCACAUGCCAAAAUUAGGUGAAAAAUUAUGAAUUAGAAAAUGCCUCCAAUUCAGCCAUCACUACUUGUGAGAAAUUGUAAAAGCACUAUAGUUUACUAUUCACAUAAUAAAUUCCACAGUCUUUGGGGCAAACCUAAAACCCGUUUUUCAGAAUAUUUGGAGCCACUAGUUAUGUGACUCUAUGGAUUCAUGCAAUGCUGAGUAACCUUUAUAUUAAAAGGUACAUCAUUUUGGUGAAAAUCAAAGAGAAUGUCAAUAUCUGUUUGUGGUUUCUACUUCCCAACACCAUAGUGUCCCUCUGCCACUGCACCUCCCCCACCAUCUUUCAAUUACCUGACUUUCUGAUGUCACAGGUGCUGUAUCCUGGUUUUGUGCUGCCCUAGGCAGGGCAAAACUCAGGCGCCCCCCCCCCAUUCCCCCUGCGCCCCACCCCGCCACACACACACACACACAUUCACUAACAGAUAUACGCAUACACUAGCCAACAGACACACACUCACACUAACACACACACACUAACAGACACACACACUUACUCACUAACAGACACACACACACACUAACAAACACACACUCUCUAACAGACACACACACACACACACUAACAGACACACAUUCACUCACUAACAGACACACACUAACAGACACACACACACACUCCCGAACACACACACUAACAGAUACACACACACUAACAGACACACACUCACUCACUAACACACACACACACACUAACAGACACACACACUCACUCACAUUAACACACUCACUUUGUUUUUUUUAUUUAACCCCCCCCCCUCCUUACCUUUGGGAAUGCUGGGGGGUGCUCCCUCUCCCUGGGGUUUAGUGGGGCUGCUGGGCGGGCGGUGCUGGCGAGGGAGCACUUUCCCUGAGCCCUCUGCUCAGCUCCCUCGCACGCCGCAGAGUGAUGCCGUGAGCCGGAAUAUGACGUCAUAUUCUGGCUCCAGGAUUCGGCUCACGGCAUCACUCUGUAGCGCGCGAGGGAGCUGAGCAGAGGGCUCAGGGAAAGUGCUCCCUCGCCAGCGCCGCCCGCCCAGCAGCCCGCCGAAUUUUUAGCCGGACAACCACCUGCCUGGACUGUUAGCCACCAGGCUAACAAGAUAUUUGCCCUGGGCAUUUGGGGGCAGAUUUUUUUGCCGGCCCCUGGAAUAUGCCGCCCAAGGCUAAUACGUCCCUGGCUGCAGCCAAUGAUGGGAACCUAUUUCACAUGCGCACGCACAUUAAGCCUUCCCCAUAUGAAAGUAUUGACUCUUUUCUAUGGGGUUUUGCCUGACACUGGAUGUCCUCUCGAUUUGCAUGAGGACAUCCAGUGUCAGAAAAACCCCCAUAGGUUCAAACUUCAUGAAACUGCAGGAAGCACCUCUAGUGGCUGUGUGGUAGACAGCCACAAGAAGCAGCCUUAACCCUGCAAUGUGAACAUUCCUGUUUCUUUACAACUACGUUUUACAUUGUAGGGUUAAAGUAACCGGGACAUUGCACUACUUCAAUGAAAUAAAGUGGCCUGGGUGCUUAUAGUGUACCUUUAAAGGGACACUUUAGGCACUAAAAUAACUCCAGCUUAAUGAAGCAGUUUUAGUAUAUGGAUCAUGCCCCUGUAGUCUCACUGCUAAAUUCUCUGCCCUGUAGUCUCAUUGCUCAAAUGCCCUUUUGGGUGGAAUCAGUCUGAUAUGCAAACAACCUGGUUCUCUCUGUAAUGGCCCAAAAUGAGCUAAAACCAUUUAAACAUCUGCGCAGAGACUCACCGAAGGCCAGGCUAUUUGAGCUGUUGUCCGUUCUCAGUACUCUCUUGCGUCUUGUUUUUUGCUCUUCCUAAGUUUAAAGGGUAAUCUAGACCUGGCACCUAAAGGGAUAUCGUCUAUACCUCAUUGACGAUGCCUAACAAGGUUGAAAUGAUCGUCUGGGUCUAAAUUAAUAUUUUUUAUUACUCAAAAACUAUGCUCAAAUCUGUAUGCAUGUCGAUGGCUCCUUGCCUCUGGCCAUUUUUGAGAAUAUAUAUGUAUGACAACCUAAAAAACUUUCACAGGUUCUCUGCUUAUGUUCAUUAAAGAGACACUGUAGGCACCCAGACCAUUUCUGCCCAUUGGAGUGGUCUGGGUGCCAACUCCCACUACUCUUAACCCUGCAAGUGUAAUUAUUGCAUUUUUUUUUUUUAUAAACUGCAAUAAUUACCUUGCAGGGUUAACUCCACCUCUGCUAGACAGCCACUAGAGGACACUUCCUGGAUUAUAGCACAGAAAACCUGUGCUAGAGCGUUGCUGGACGUCCUCACGCUGUGUGAGGACCUCCAGCAUCGCUCAAUUCCCCAUAGGAAAGCAUUGAAAAGCAUUUUCAAUGCUUUCCUAUGGGGAGUUCUAAUGCGCAUGCUCAGCAUUGCCGCCCAUGCGCAUUAGGUCUCCCCAGCCGGUGGGCGGGAUCAGUCUCGCCCACCGGCUGACGUAAUGCAGAGGAGGAGCAGUGGCGGUGGAAGAAGCAGCGACGUGGGACAUGUCGCUGCCUCUGGUAAGUGACUGAAGGGGUUAUCACCCCUUCAGCAACCGGGGAUUGGGAGGUGGAAGGGAGAGGGGACCUGCAGUGCCAGGAAAACGGAUUGUUUUCCUGGCACUGGAGUUUCCCUUUAACUGUGAAAGAGGCAAACGAUACUGGUAUGUCAAUGAAAAUUCCUUUGGAUAUGGUGUUCAUCUUUGAAAACUGUGUGCUAAUAAUUAAUAAAACUGAAACUCCAACAAAAAAACACAGUAUGCCUUCUCUAUAUAUUAUGAUAAACAACCAUGAAACCAUUAACAUUUAAUCAACUACAUUUGAAAACAUAGCAAUUUAUAUAUAGUAUUGGUCACAAAGUUUAUUCUCUCUUUUUGCAGGAGAACAUCUAUUUCUGGGAAUUGGAAAGCAAACACUGGUUCUGCCAUGUUGGAACAGAUUGCCAUGACUGACCGGUGAGCUCUAGAAAAUGUUUACUUACUAUUCAAAUAGUUUAUGUGUUGUUUUAUUAAUAGAUGUGACAAAAUUGUAGUUGUCAUACAAAAAUAUAAUCAGGGAUCAUCCAAGAGGUCAUCAUCUUGAUGACAUUACGCCAUGCCACCAGCAUCUCACAGAAAAUGUAAACAUACAAACGCUGCUCCAACCCUACACGAAAAGAUGUACAACAUUUUUGUCCACACUUUUCUAUGGUCUUUAAUACUUGUUAUAGUAACAUCCAUAUACACGUAAAGGGUCGAUCUGAGAUAGUGGCAGAGCAGCGUAGCAGACGUGGUUGCAGUGCAUAUUUAUGGUUCCACACUGUCACUGCUUAUAAACUUGCUCUAAGAGGUACAUACCAUUCCAUGUACUCCAUUCCAUAGAGUUGUUGGGCAUAGUGAUGGACUGAUGGCUGUAAACUGUCUUACCCCAGCAGUAUGUCUGAAUAGAGGUCUUGCUCUAUUUUAUGAACUAUCUGUUCCAAGAUUUAUUUUUAUUUUUUUUAAAGUAAUUUCAUAGAGUUAUAUAAUUUUUGUCUCGUUUCACUGAGGAUUUUAUUUCUAUAGUUAUUUAAACCACAGGCUUUGGAAGUUCAUAUUAUGCAAUCAUGAUUUUUAAACUACAUUUUCCAACCUGAAAUGGUGCCAGUUUAUGGCCUAUUAUCUCCAGUUAUAAUAUGCUUUCUUUGGCAGAUAUCGCCUAUGGGCAGACUCCUGUGCCGAGAUGUUUGGAGGGCUGGAUAUUUGUGCCGUGAAAGCCGUUCACAGCAAAGAUGGAAAGGACUUCAUAAUUGAGGUUUGACAUGUUGAAUUGUAUGGUUACUGAUGGACAAAUCAUGCACAUGAGAGGCAAAUGAGAAAUAGCUGGAAAAGUGAGAUACCUUUGCAAAAGAACAAAGCUCUCACUUUAUAUACCCUCUUACAACUAUCCAAUAAAAUACACUAAAAUACAAUAAAAAUACAGUUUUUGUAACCUUAGACCAAUAUAUCCAAUCUAGAAAAAUAGCUGACUUUGUGCAUAUUUCUAAUCUGUCUAAUUCUUUCUAAACAAUUGUUGUUCCCUUGUCGGAAAUGCAUAAUUUGAGUUUAAUGAGUAGCCAAACAGUACAAAACAGACAACACAAUAAAACACACAGUGCCACUAACAGAGAGUCUCUAACAAUCACAAACAAGCUGGUUUGUUUUAUAAGCUAGCUUAUUAUUAAGUAGUAUGAGGGGUGAAGUAAAUAGUUGAAAGUGUCAAAGAGAGUAGUAAUAGGAGAAUAAAAGUGUGAGUGUUUAGUAAGGGAGAGGUCUCUGCUGCACAUAGCAUGAAUUCAUAAUGGAGAAAGUGCAAGGCUUCCUCCAGCAGAAUUCAACUGAAGAGCAUCUUUGGAGGUAGCGGGUUGACUUAGUGUGCAAUAGUUGAAGGCGUGUUCAUCCUGAGGUGUUUAUUUUGAGUGUGAGGGUAGUGAUAAGGAGAUGGCCAGAGAGGGACAGGGGAAUAUAGUGAUGGACAAGAUUUGAUAAUUGAGAUCAGUUGACAUUUGCUGGAAGUCAAGAUAAUUUAAGAUUGUCAUAUGCUUAGCGGUCAGGUAUUUUUUUCCAACAAGCUCAAACUUUCACUCUUUAAAAAAACAAACAAAAAAAACACAUGCAAAACAGACAUUUCAGAUGCAUCUGUACUGUACAUAUUCAGCCACAACAUUAAACCCACAUGCCUAAUAUCAUGCUGCCAAAACAGCUCUGAUGAGUCAAAGCAUGGACUCCACAAGAUCACUGAACAUGUCCUGUGGUAUCUAGUACCAAGACAUUAGCAGCAGAUCAUUUAAGUCCUGCAAGUUGCGAGGUGGGGCCUCCAUGAAUUGUAUUUGUUGUUCCAGCACGUCCCACAGAUGCUCAAUCUAAUUGAGAUCUGGGUAAUUUGGAGGCCAAGACAAUACCUUGAACUCUUUGUCAUGUUCCUCAAACCAUUCCUGGACAAUAUUUUCAGUGUGACAGGGUGCAUUAUCCUGCUGGUAGAGGCCAUUGCCAUCAGGAAAUACUAUUGCCGUGAAGGAGUGUACAUGGCCUGAAACAAUCUCUAGGGAGAUGGUACAUGUCAAAGUAACGUCUACAUGAAUGUAGGACCCAAUGUUUUCAAGUAGAGCAUUGCCCAAAGCAUAACACUGCCUCACCAAGUCUGUCUUCUUCAUAUAGUGCAUCCUGCUGCCAUCUCUUACCCAGGUAAAUGACACACACAGACCCAGCCAUCCACCUGAUCUAAAUGUGAUUCAUCUGACAAUGCAACCUUCUUUAAUUGUUCCAUUGUCCAGUAAUGAUGCUCAUAUUGAAGACGAUUCAAGCGGCGAACUAAGGUCAUCAUGGGCACUCUACACAGCCCAAUACGCAGUAAACUGCGAUGCACUGUAUGUUCUGUCCCCUUUCUGUCAUGGCCAGCAUUAAGUUUCGCAGCAAGUUGAGCUACAGUAGCUCUUUUAUGUGAUCUAACGCUCCCAUGUUCAUCAUUGAGCCUUGGGUGCUCUUGACCCUGACCUUGAGCCGGUUCACCUGUUGCAGUUCCUUGCACCACUUUUGGUAGGUAAUAUCUACUGCAUACUAGGAACACCCCUCAAGACUUGGCGCUUUGUAUAUAUAUCUCUGACUCAGUCAACACUAUUUGACCCUUAUCAAAGUCACUCAGAUCUUUUUGUUUGACCAUUUUUCAUGCUUCCAACACAUGAAAUUCAAGAACUGACUGUUCACUUGCUGCCUAAUAUAUCCAACCCCUUGACUGGUACCAUUGUAACAAUACAAUCAAUGGUAUUCACUUCUCCUGUCAGUGGUUUUAAUGUUGUGGCUGAUCAUUGUUAAUGUAUCUGAAUAUUGAAUCAAUUUUAUUAGAUCAACGCUGUUUUAUUAAUAUUUAUUAGUUUAUAAAUAGAUCUUUUGAGUAUCUUUUCUGGUCGAUAGGUCACUUACCGAAACUCAUCAUUCCCAUUACAGGUGAUGGACAGUUCCAUGCCACUGAUUGGAGAACAUGUGGAAGAGGAUCGGCAGCUCGUGGCAGACCUUGUGAUCGCUAAAAUGACUCAGCAUGCUCAGAUGAAAUCUCCAACACCCACACCUCCCAGACCCAUGGUAAUCAAGCUAAAUGCUGCAUAAUCAAUAAUUAGCAAGUAAAGCCCUCAUUAAAGGGAUUCUAUAGUGUCAGGAAAACUAACAGCCCCGUUCUCCUGGCACUAUAGGCUCCUGGAAUACCCCCCUCCCUCGUGCCCACCCUCCUGUGGUGCUGAAGGGGGUAAAUCCCCUUCAGUCACUUACCUGAAUCCAGCACCGAUGUCACUUGGCACUGGGUCAGGCCCAGCCCACGCUCCUCCCCUGCCGACGUCAGCCGGCAGGGGAGACCUAAUGCGCAUGCGUGGCAAUAGCCACACUCGCAUUAAGAUUUUUCAAUUUGAAAGCAUUAAUCAUGGCUUUCCUAUGGGGAAAAAUCGGACGCUGGAGGUCCUCAUACAGAGCGUGAGGAUGUCCAGCGUCAGAUAGCAGAAUAAAGGUCCGUUUUGAUUCUGGAAGUCCCUUUAGUGGCUAUCUAUUUAGCAGGUAGUGCUCUGUUUGAAUUAGCAUCUAUGAAACCUCUCUUUAAUCAUCUUACUUUUUAAAUGAGCAAAAAACAUUAAUAUGCUGUAUGUUCUCGUUUGUAAUGAUUUCAUAAUAAAAAAUUUUAAUGACAGUAUUAUUAUAUCAUGCCAGUCUGACGCCACUUGGUUCUACAAAAACCUGUGGAAUGGAACGUACCUUUUCCAUGACAGUUUUGUGUAUAGAGAGAGUGAUUGGCUAAGAGUUCUCAGCCAAUCAUCUGUGCCUCUGCCUGGCGGUACUCUGUGCUUCCUGAAACGGAAAUUUCAGAAGCUGGUUGCUGCCUGGGAGUGAGCUGAGACUGGCACUAGAGGCCUCUUUGGGGUUAAACUGCUUGAGAAAAGUUUAACCCCUUGAGGUAAGAGUGUGCCCAAGGGCCUCCUGGCACUAUAAGGCACCGUAACAACUUCCUUUAAAUUAAGUUGUUAUGGUGCCUAAACUGUCCCUUCAAUUUCAAAUGAAAUGCCUAAAAUAGUCAAACUCAGAACUAAGAGAGUUUUUCUAAUUUGUUUUUUUGGUAUAUCCUGACUGUGUAAAAAGCUAAUAAUUACGUCCUUUUCCACCAUUUACCAUAUAUAUAUAUAUAUAUAUAUAUAUAUAUAUAUAUAUAUAUAUAUAUAUAUAUAUAUAUAUAUAUAAAUAGUCCAGUAUCCAUUAGCCAGCAUAAGAGUGCCAUCUAGUGGCGUAACACAAUAUAUCAUAGCAAUCCUUCAUUAGCUAACAGUGGAUGUGUUUCAUGGGUUUUGUUUUUGGUUUUUUAAUUUACUUGACAAUGGGGUGCUUUUGUGAUCUGCCAGCUUAGUUUAGGUGUAGUGGAGCUGCUAUGUGAGAGAGAUCACAUGAUGCUGUCUGUCUCAAACACACGCAACUACAAGUGUGCGCUUGACUUGGUUCUGGUGGUGAAAGUUUUAAAAAUCAUUAUUUGUCUGCACUAGACCAGAAAUAUAUGUACAAAAAUUCCCCUUAACACCACCCACACUAAAUUAUAAUAUUGUGAAGAUAUUAUCUAGGAGUGUGGUAUAGCACAAUACCAAAAGGUAAAAUAGUUUACCCUAGUGCAGCUAUUGUGUGUAAGCUGCUGUAGCCCCAACAGCAAGCAAAAUAUAGCAAUCCAAAUUAUUCAUCCACAAAGCACAACUUAGUUAUAGGCGCCCACUAGUGCAGCUCAAGUUUAUUCAAAGUGCAUUCAAAGUACAUAUGUUUCAGGACCCCUGAUAAAUGCCCUCCAGGAGGGCAUUCAUUAUUAAUAAAGGGACAGGGGUCCCAAAAUGUCUGUACUUAGAAUGCUCUUUGAAUAAACCUGAGCUGCACUAGUGGGCCCCUGUAACUGAGUUGCGCUUUGUGGGUGAAUGAUUAAAUUAUUGUGAAAAUGGGUCCCCGGAGUCUCAUCUUACACUUCGAGCAGCAUCAGGUCCUCUCCUCUCGCGGCCACGAAAGCAUUGCCGCGUGUUGCCAUGGCAAGAAUCCGGCACGUAUUGUAUGCUACACAGAGCAUUGCCAUGGCAAUCCACAGCAACAAUCGCAUUGUUCACGAGACGACCUGAUGCUGCUUGAGAUGUAGGAUGAGACUCCACUGCCCUAUCUUCACAAUACAACCUGCAGUGCCACAGGUAAGAGGCAGGGAGGGGGAACACACAUAAUUAAAAGUUUUUUAAAAAACGCUCAACCUUCACAGCCCUUAUUCAACACCACAAACACACACACUGCAUCCGCUACACAAACUCUACACACACUUUAUCAACUACACAAACACAGACACUGCAUCCACUACACACACACACAUAAUGCAUUCAAUAGACAAACUGCAUUUACUACAAGCACUGCAUAACAUAAUGGUUGUGCGUGUGGUUUUGGGGAGGGGGACAGCAUGUCAUUCUUGAACCAAGGCCUGGAGCUUAUGGUUACAAAAAACAGCAUGUAACUGUCCUGUCAAAAACUGUAAUUGACAAAUACCUCUUCCCAGCUAAAUGAAUGACAAGAUGUGGGGUAACUGAGUUUUCCAGUUGUGAAAAUCAUAAGUCAUUGUCAUAUGAAAAUAGUUACAUAGGCUGAAAAGAGACACGUGUCCAUCAAGUUCAGCCUUCCUCACAUUUGUUUUUUUGCUGUUGAUCUAAAAGAAGGCAAAAAACCCCAGUUUGAAGCACUUCCAAUUUUGCAACAAGCUAGGAAAAAAAAUUCCCUCUUGAUCCCAGAAUGGCAGUCAGAUUAAUCCUUGGAUCAAGAAGCUAUUACCCUCCAGUUUAAAGAUUAUAUCGUUGAAUGUUUUGUUUUUGCAAGUAUGCAUUUAGUUGCUGUUUAACCCCUUAAGGACACAUGACAUGUGUGACAUGUCAUGAUUCCCUUUUAUUCCAGAAGUUUGGUCCUUAAGGGGUUAAACAUCUGUACGGACUCUGAUAAAACCACUUCUCCUGGCAGAGAAUUCCACAUCCUUAUUGUUCUCACGGUAAAAAAUUAUUUCCUUUGCCUUAGAUGAAAUCUUCUUUCUUCCAGUCUAAACGCAUGAUCUCGUGUCCAAUGUAAAGUCCAGUUUCUGAAUAGAUUUCCACAUAAUGGUUUGUAUUAGCCCCGGAUAUAUUUGUAUAAUGUUUUGUAAACUAAAGAGGUUUAAAUUUGUUAACCUCUCUUCUUAGCUAAAAUGUUCCAUUCUUUUCAUUAAUUUUGUAGCCUGUCUAUGCACUUUUUCUAGUGCCGUAAUAUCCUUCUUUAGAGCAGGUGCCCAAAAUUGCACAGCAUAUUCAAGAUGUGGACUUACCAGUGAUUUAUAAAGAGGCAAAAUGGUAUUCUCCUCCUGAGAAUUAAUGCCCCUUUUCAUGCAUGGCAAUACCUUACUGGCCUUAGCCACUGCUCACUGACAUUGCACAUUGUUGCAUAGUUUGUUGUCUAUAACAAUUCCCAUGUCCUUCUCGUGUGUUGUUAUCCCUAAUUCACUUCCAUUAAGGGUAUAAGUUGCUUGUGCAUUCUUUACGCCGAAGUGCAUAACUUUGCAUUUUUUUACAAUAAAUUUCAUCUGCCUUUUGAGUGCCCAGUCCCCCAGCCUAUCGAAAUCCCUCUGCAGCAAAGUAAUAUCUUGCUCACAUUGUAUAACUUUACAGAGUUUUGUGUCAUCUACAAACACUGAAACAUGACUUUCAAUUUUUUUUUCAAGAUCAUUUAUAAACAUGUUAAAUAGAAGGGGUUCUAUGAACAGAACCCUGAGGGACACCACUUGCCACCUCUGUCCAGCCUUAACCCAUUAAGGACAAAUGACAUGUGUGCCAUGUCAUAAUUCCCUUUUAUUCCAGACGUUUGGUCCUUAAGGGGUUAAGCCAAUGUUCUACCCAAGAACAACAUUUUUAAUCUAGACUGAUUUCUUUAACUAGACUGGUUAGUUUGAGCACUAAUCUAUUGUGAGAAACUGUAUCAAACGCCUUGGCAAAAUGCAAAUAGAUCACAUUCACUGCAACACCCUGAUCUAUACUUCUACUUACUUCUUCGUAGAAUGCAAUCAAGUUAAUUUGUCAUGACCUGUGCUUCAUAAAGCCAUGCUGAUUUUUGCUGAUAACCGCAUUCUUCUCAAGGAAUUCUUGAAUAUUAUUCCUUAAUAACUUUUCAAAUACUUUCCUAGCCACAAAAGUUAAGCUCACAGGUCUAUAAUUUCCAGGCAAGGAUUUUGAACCCGUUUUCAAUAUAAGAACCACAUCUGCCUUCCUUCAAUCAUGGGUGUCCCCCCCACCGGAUUUUACAGACUGUGCCGGUAUUUUUCUUUUCAGAUUUAGAAUACACUACAAUACCGGCACUGGCCAGUAUGUGGCGCUGAGUGUGGAGAGAGGCAGGGAUAGGAAGCUACAUCUUAUCCCUCCUUCUCUCUCCUGACUAAAUCCACAGAGGAGCAACACAGAGUGCAGCCAGCAACUCCCAGACUGCAGAGACAGCAUACAGUUUAGGUAAGUGAGGAAUGAGGGGGCAGACUAAAGGAAGGGGCAGCAAGGUACAGGAAGGUAAAGUAGGAGAAGGAGCAGAAAUGAGCAGGAAGGGUCAGCAAGGAGCAGGAAGAGUCAGCAAGAAGCAGAAAGGGGCAGGAAGGGUCAGCAAGGAGUUGGAAGUGUCAGCAAGGAGUAGGAAGGGUCUGCAAGGAGUUGGAAGUGUCAGCAAGGAGUAGGAAGGGUCUGCACGGAGUAGAAAGGGUCUGCACGGAGUAGAAAGGGUCUGCAAAGAGCAGGAAAGGGCAGCAAGGAGCAGGAAGGGACAGAAGGAGCACAACAAUAAAGGAGGAGAAGGUGCAGAACGGGGCAGAAGGAGCACAAAGAUAAAGGAGAAGAAAGAAUCAGAAAGAGCACUGUGACAAACUCCCCUUUUUACCUGAGUUUGCCAUGAGCUCCUGGAGGAGCCUCCUUGCCAGCCUCCUGCCCACAGACUAUGGACCCUGUGAAAAAUAAUGUAAAAGUCUCUGUUCGUGCAACUGGGUUUGUUUACCGAACAACCGCAAGAACCAGAGACCACCCUCGAGCUUGUUUACACCUAUUAAUAACUUAGAUAGUUUCUCACCGCAGUGUUCUAAUUGUUCAUCUGGGUGGCAGCAAUUCCUAUAGACAACCACGAGGUGGCGGCCAUCUUGUUUGCAUGAAUGAGGCAGCGGUGUUUGGGCAUGAAUCUCAUUGAACUGAAAUCGGAUACAGAAACUCCUGAACACCGCUGGACUUCCAUCAUCACCUGCGUUCGGUUCUAUUCACUUUAGAAGGACACUGUUCGGUGGGAUCAUUCAUCUAGAAGGGAACAAGCUCCAGGGUAAGUCUAUUGACUCUUUUCGGUAGUUUGUUUGUAGGGUCUACAAGGAGCAGAAAGUUUCAGAAAGGAGCUGGAAGGGGCUGCCCGGAGCUGGAAGGGGCAGCAAAAAGCAGGAAGGGGUAGCAAGGAGCAAGAAGGGUCAGCAAGGAGCAGGAAGGGGCUGCAAGAAGCAGGAAGGGUCUGCAAGGAGCAGAAAAAGUCAGCAAGGAGCAGAAAGAGGCAGGAAGGGACAGAAGGAGCACAAAGGUAAAGGAGCACAAAGAAUCAGGAGCACAAAGGUAAAGUAGGAGAAGGAGCAGAACGGAGAAGGAAAGGACAUCAAGAGGCAGAAAGGGCCAGCAAAGACCUGGAAGGGGCAGAAGGAGUGCAAAGGUAAAGUAGGAGAAGGAGCAGAAAGGAAUAGAAAUUAUCAGGAAAGGUCAAGCAAGGAGCAGAAAGUGCCUGAAAGGGGCAGCAGGAGCAGGAAGGGACAGUUGGAGCACAAAGGUAAAGGAGCAGAAAGAAUCAGAAGGAGCACAAAGGUAAAUUAGGAGAAGGAGCAGAAAGGAGCAGAAAGGUAAAGUAGGAGAAGGAGCAGAAACGAGCAGGAACAAAAAUGAGCAGGAAGGGGCAGCAAGGAGCAUAAAGGGGCAGCAAGGAGCUGUAAGGGGCAGAAGAAGCACAAAGGUAAAGUAGGAGGAGCAGAAUGGGACCAGAAAGCGAAAGAAGCAGAAGGGCGCAAAAGUAGAAGAAAGGUAAAGGAGCAGAAGGAGCUAAGGAGGAGAGAAGACAGUGUCAGAAGAAAAAGAAGACUGUGUCAAAUGUAGGAGAAGAAAAUGAGACUGGAGCAGGAAGGACAAGUGAAGUAAUCCCUCCACUUCAUUCUGGACAACACAUCAUAAGGCUUUGGGACCUGGGCCUGGCAGGGAAACUUUGGACCUUCUCAUCUCCCCAGGUAAAAAAAAAAUAUCAGUGUUAAUGUGUUCACUUUUAUUUACCGAGUGUCGGGAAGUAUAGAGUGCCACUUGGUACGGGUGUCACUGAUUGGCAAGAACGGUAGUUCCUCAUUCAUAAAAAAAGUAAAACAUUUUUAUGAACCGGGAUAUAGCGAUUGGCUUAGACCGUCAGCUGACUCCUCUAGCCAAUUAGCGACACCCAUGCCUGACGUCAGUCUGCACUUCCUGACACUCUGUUUCAGAAGCCGAAUACCACUGAAUGACCUGGAGAUCUGAAGGAAGCCUUUGGAGUUAAACCAUUUGAAAGUGGUUUAACCUCUUAAAGGAAAGAGCGCGCCCAGGGGCUUCGUGGCAUCAUAGCAUUUUCAUUUAGAUGAAGUUGUUAUGGUGACCAGAAUGGUUCUUUAAUUUGCUUGAAGGAACACUAUAGUGUCAGGAAUACAAACAUGUAUUCCUGAGACCAUAGUUGUGAAAACGCUGUUCAUCCUGCCUUUAUGUGAUAAGGACUACGCACCUCCCCUUCAUGACACUGUCAGAAAGGGGCCAAGCAUAUAUGUCAUUACAAUCAUGCCCUCCCUGGAAAAAUUCCUGCGGACACCCAUGCCUCCAAUCCUCCGGAACACUUCCAGAGACAAAAGAAUCUUGAAAGAUUAAAAACAGAGGUUCACUUAGUUCUACACUUAGUUCUUUAAGUACUCGUAGAUGAAUACCGUCAGGCCCUGGAGCUUUGUUUAUAUUAACUUUCUUUAGUUGCUGCAGCACCUUGUCUUGAGUUAUCCAAUUAAAUUUUUUCUGCAAUUUUUUUGCAGCAAUCAUUUGCAUAUCUAUUGCCAUAGGUUCUUCCUUAAUAUAUACAGAGGAGAAAUUGUUAUUUAAAAUGUCUGUCUUUUCCUUGUCUUCAUUAACUAACACCCACAUUCCAAUUUUUUCAAUUCUUGAAUAUUAUCCCUUAAUAACCUUUCAAAUACUUUCCCAGCCACAGAAGUUAAGCUCACAAGUCUAUAAUUUCCAGUCAAGGAUUUUGAACCCUUUAUGAAUAUAGGAACCACAUCUGCCUUCCUCCAAUUCUCUGGAACACUUCCUGAAAGAAAAGAAUCUUGAAAGAUUAAAAACAGAGGUUCAGUUAUUUCUAAACUUAGUUCCUUAAGUACUCGUGGAUGAAUACUGUCAGGCCCUGGAGAUUUGUUUAUAUUAACUUUCUUUCGUUGCUGCAGCACCUAGUAACUACAGCCGGUUCCCUUAUUUACCACUAUAACGUCUUAAAGCAUAGAACUUAGCAGGGCUAACCAUACCGAUAUCUUAGCUAAAAUAUUAUAUCGUUUGUAAGAGAUCCUCUAUCUAAAAUACAUAUAAUUAAUUAAGAAUACAAUAUAAAAUAAGGAUUGUCUUGGAAGCAUUAAAGUGUUGUCUGUUAGAUAUUUUAUUAAAUAAAAAUAAAAAUAUAGACAUAUAAAAUCCAUUACAAUAAUUUAUUGCAGAGGUUAUAAGAAUAAACGAUAUGCUUGCAAUAUCAUUAAAAUAGAAUAACAUCCCCUCCUGAACAUGUCAACAUGUCAGCAUCUCUCAGUCAUUAUAAGAUGGAGCAGCAUUUCUGUCUCCAAAUCUCUCCCCUGUGUGCUUACAUUAAAAAGGUACAUAUUUAUACCUUAGAUGUUCAUUUUAGGAUCUCACUUAACUUGGCAAUGAUACAAGGCCAUAACUAAAACGUAAGGUGCACACGUCAUGGGAAAUUCCAUUAAGCUAAGACAAAAUGGCGUAAGUCAGAACUACGCAGCGCAUUAUGCACUGAAAGUAGGAAAGGGGUUAUUGCUUAAAGAAACAUGUAUGAGAAACAAUAUGUUCCAUUUCUAACACCUUGUCAGUUUGCAAUAUCUCUUAAAGACAAUUGAAUGAUGUAAAAAGGAAACAGUUAACAACUAAAUGAUGACAAGUAAAGAAAUUUUUUUUAAAAAUACAACUUUGCAUCCUAAAACUUGUAAUAUUUACAUUUGCCCAUAACAACCUUGUCUUGAGUUAGCCAAUUGCAAAUUUUCUGCAAGUAUUUUGCAGCAAUCAUUUCCAUAUCUCGCAUCCGCCUCUAUUUAACGCCAGGUGCUGGUCCAUGUAGUUGUUCUCUCUCGCCUUGACUACUGCAAUCCCCUUCUCAAUGGUCUUACGUGUUCCCAGAUUGCACCGCUGCAAUUUAUAAUGAAUGCGGCAGUGAGACUCAUUUUCCUGUCCGCCCGCAACUCCCACGCCUCCCCCUCUGUAAAUCCCUGCAUUGGCUUCCAGUUAGAUAUAGGGCUCAAUUUAAAAUUCUGGUGCUUGCUUACAAGUCCCUUCAUAAUGCUGCUCCAACUUCCUAUCCCCUCUAAUACACAAGUAUGUCCCGUCGAGGCCACUACGCUCUGCCAAAGACCUACGUAUAUCCUCUGUCCGUACUCCUACCUCUAAUGCUCGCCUCCAAGAUUUCUCCAGGGCUGCACCUCCUCUGUGGAACUCCCUUCCCUUCUUCGUAAGACUUUCAACCAGUCUCCAUUCAUUCAAAAAAUCAUUGAAAACUCACUUCUUCAAGAAAGCAUAUCAAUUAAACUGUUAGCAGGAUUUAUCCCCCACCCCACAUGACUCCUCUCCUGUAACUGUUAAAAAUUACCUACUAAGGCCUCAGUGAAUACUUUUCUAACAACCUACUUCAUACCCCUACAUUUACCCCUUGUUUCACUAUACCCCACUCCCAGUAGAUUGUAAGCUCAUUGAGCAGGGCCCUCCACCUCUCUGUUCCUGUACGUCCAGUUGUCUGGUUACAAUUACAUGUCUGUUAGUCCACCCAUUGUACAGCACUACGGAAUCUGAUGGCGCUAUAUAAAUAAUAAAAUAAUAAUAAUAUCUAUUGCCAUAGGUUCUUCCUUAAUAUAUACAGAGGAGAAAUAGUUGUUUUUAAAUUUCUGCCUUUUCCUUGUCUUCAUUAACCAACACACCCAUUCCAGUUUUUAGUGUACCUACUUGUAUGUACUUAAAAAAAACAACAAAGUAAAAAUUUUCCUGUCACUAUAAAUAUUGAUAUUUUGCAACAACUGUCCUGAUUGGAUUGUUACAUAGUUACAUAGCUGAAAAGAGACUUGGUCCAUCAAGUUCAGCCUUCCUCACAUAUGUUUUUGCUGUUGAUCCAAAAGAAGGCAAAAAACCCAGUCUGAAGCACUUCCAAUUUUGCAACAAACUAGGAAAAAAUUCCUUCUUGACCCCAAAACCGUAGUCAGAUAUUUACUUGGAUCAAGACGCUAUUGCCUGUAUCUCUGUAUAUUAUGUUUUUGCAAGUAUUUAUCCAUUUUGCUGUUUAAAUUAACUUUCUUUAGUUGCUGCAGAUGUUUAAACAUCUGUAUGGACUCUGAUAAAACCUCCUCUUCAGACAGAGAAUUCCACAUCCUUAUAGUUCUUACUGUAAAAAAAAAAAAAAAACCUUGUGUGCUAUGUGUGUGUGUGUGUAGUACUGUGUGUGUGUUGCAAAGUUUGAGGGGUGCAGGUACAAAUGUUUUUAAUUUUUUUUAAUACUACUAUACAUUAAAUAAAAUAUCUAUGUCCGUCCCCCCACCAUUCUUCUUACCUUUGGUGAAAGAAGGGGGGGGACAGCCAGCCCUUCUAGUCCAGUUGUGAGUUCUGUACAGCCUGCAGCUUGUCUGGCUGCAGGCUGUCUCCUGUCCUCCUGCGCACAGAAUGCUGUGUGGAGCAUAUCCAUGGUAAUGCGCAGCAAUGCUCCACACAGCCUGCUUGCGGGAGGAGCGAUCUGCCUUACAGGUCGGCCUCUCCUGCAGCCCUGGGUCCUAGCUCCCUCUCUCACCGAUCGAAGAGUGAUCUCCCUCACCGGCCCAAGAGGGCCAACAGCCAGAAAACAGGGCCGCCUCCCCAUUGGUCGGCAGGGGAUCUCCCCUGUCAGCCGGGCACACUGGGCAGCGUGGUGGGAUCCCCGGGCUACUGCCCAGCAUGUCUAUGCGGAAAGAUGGCCCUGACAGACACACAUACUCACUUCCAAACACACACUUCCAGACACACACACACUCACUGACAAACACACUCACUGACAGACAGACAGACAGACACACACACACGCACACUUACUGACACUCACUGACAGACACACACACACUCACUGACAGACACACACACUUACUUUCAGACACACACUCACUGAUAGACACACACACACUCACAAAUUAAUUUUAUUCCUUCUUGCUCCUACCUUUAAGAGUCCUCAGGGUCCAGUGGCUUUCAUCAUGAUCUUCCUGUUCCUCUCUUCUCCCUCGCACUGUUUAGUGAUGCGGGUCCGGAAUGACAUCAUAUUCCGGCUCCCGGCAUCACCAGAGAGGGCGCGCAAGGGAGCAGGAAGAUCAUCAGCAGAGGCAGUGCUCCCUCGCCGCCGCCUGCCUCCUUCUUCACCCCGCCGAUGCAUUGCUGCAGAAUAGGCACCUGUCAUCUGGGACAAGUAGGUGCCUACUCUGUCUUGCACCCUUGCAACCGCCCAGGAUCGUCCCUGCAGCGACCGUUUUUCAAUUUAUUUAGGGCUGCCUGGGGGGCAAUUGCCUCCCUGCCACCCGGCCCAGCCGCCCCUGGACUUUUGCAAUGUUGGUCUGUCAUGCAAAUAUACUUAAUAAAACUGUCCUUAUAGAAUCCCAUAGUUUGGGGGUUCUAUUUGUUUGUUGGCUUAAAAUAAAGGGAAAAAGCACCAAACAUUGAUGUAACUGUUUCUCUCAGAAUACCUACAUAUAUUGCUGUCCAUUGGUUUUGUCAAUCCAUCUGUUGAUUACCUGUUUAUAAUCCUUUUAUCAGCCCCAACAGGUGCAACCACAGGCAGUUAAACCACAGAUGCAACCACAACCUGGACCACAAGGAGGUGGUGGACCUCCUUCUCAGCCACGUCCUCCACCGCAAGGUACAGCCUUCAGUUACUUAAUGUUACUUAAUUUUUAGAUUUGCUCCCAUAUUCCCCUUAAUUGUUUAAAAAAAGCUUCCCCUCCACACCUAACUGAGAUUUAUUUUGAGAAAUUAAUGAUGAUUUCAUUAAUCCAGUUUUUCCUAUAGAGAGGCAUUGGGGUACUUAAUGCACAUGCAAUCACCACUAUGCACCAAUCAGCAUCUACAAUCUCUAGUGCAUCUCUAUGUGAAGAGUUCAGCAUUUUAAUGUAAGGCUUAAGUAUGCUGAAUGACCGCCCUUCAAAUUUUAUAGGGGUGUAGUCUGUGUAGUGACUAUUGCUAGAGGUGUGCUCAGGGAUACAUGAAAAUACACUGUUUACAGAUCAGUGGGAGCAGGUACAGUCACUUUACACUGAAACCGCUAUAUUAAGCUGCAGGGGUUCUGGUCCUUAGAGUAUCCUAUUAAAUGGUUAGUCUAAAUACCAUAACCACUACAUAUUGUUGUAGUGGCUUUGGUGCUAUUAGGCUAAGCAUGCCAUCCUCAGUUUUGAGACCAUAAACAGGGGCACCCACAUCUCGGCCUCUAACUUUCUGUAUUGCUAAUUCAGAAUUACACUUCUGUGUUAGCAAUGCGAAUUUCAUCCAUAACUGGAAAGCAGUGAUAGGCUGACAGCAUCAGAUGAGUCCUGUAAUGGGAAAGUUGACAUCCAUUGAUACAAAUAUUUUAAAAUCCAAUGAAGAAUUUUGAGAAAUAAUUAUAGUCCACUUUUAAUAGUAGUUUGCUGAAAGUAGGUAUGCUGAAUGACUGCCCUUCAAAUUUUAUAGGGGUGUAGUCUGUCUAGUGACUAUUGCUAGAGGUGUGCUCAGGGAUACAUGAAAAUACAUUGUUUACAGAUCAGUGGGAGCAGGUACAGUCACUUUACACCGAAACCACUAUAUUAAGCUGCAGGGGUUCUGGUCCUUAGAGUAUCCUAUUAAAUGGUUAGUCUAAAUACCAUAACCACUACAUAUUGUUGUAGUGGCUUUGGUGCUAUUAGGCUAAGCAUGCCAUCCUCAGUUUUGAGACCAUAAACAGGGGCACCCACAUCUCGGCCUCUAACUUUCUGUAUUGCUAAUUCAGAAUUACACUUCUGUGUUAGCAAUGCGAAUUUCAUCCAUAUUUGGAAAGCAGUGAUAGGCUGACAGCAUCAGAUGAGUCCUGUAAUGGGAAAGUUGACAUCCAUUGAUACAAAUAUAUUUUAAAAUCCAAUGAAGAAUUUUGAGAAAUAAUUAUAGUCCACUUUUAAUAGUAGUUUGCUGAAAGUAGGUAUUUCUGUGGCAUGUAUAGCACAAAUAAAAGAUUCUUCAAAAUAUCUUUUUUUACAUAGGAGGUCCGCGUCCAGCCCAGAGUUCCACACCUGCCAGGCCAGGAGCUCCUGUACAGCAGAGGUUGUCUCCACAGGGCCAGCAACCACAAACUUCACAGCCCAGCCCUCCCCAGACUCAGAGGUCUCCAAACUCUCCUCAACUACCACGGCCAGCAGGUGGGACUUCCCCAAAUCAGGCCCCAAAGCCUGCCUCACCACAGCAGUCAAGACCUCAAGCUCCUGGACAGGCACAGUCUCAACAGGGCCAAGGAACAACUGCUAAACCACAAGCGUCACCUCACCCUCAUCUCAAGUAAGUACCCUCAAAUCCUGUGUGAAUAGAAUAUAGACACCUGAUCUUUUUAAUCUACUUAUAAUGCAGUAGUAUAUACAGUACAGAUCAUAUUUUCCAAUAUCUUCCAAUUUGAGUAUUUGUUCUAGUAAAUUUAAUUAUUCCUAUAUAUUUUGACACAUUCUAUCUGUUUGAUCAUCCCUCUCAACAUUACAGAAGAACACAGAGGGGCACUUUAGUAACUAGGGAGCACCUUCAUUUUCUGUACAGUUACCGGUUCUCACACCAGCAACUUUACUUUCUGUAUGUGAAAUUAUAUCUGAGAAAAGAUGGCAAGUCAUACUAUGCUUGAUACAUACAAUUAAAUUGUAGCAACAAGCCAUGUGCUUUCCUAUCUAUCAAUGUGAUGGUCUGACCCACUGACCCUACAAUCAUUUUCUUUUAUUGUCCCAUGAGCAGAUGAGCAAUCACAUAUGUUUUAAGGCCAUGGGUCUGUAUUUGUGGGAGGAGUUUGAAUCUAUCUUAAAAACCCCAAUUACCCUCUUACUGGGACCGUUCUCGUUCAAGUGAUAUGUUACCUAAGCUACCACUUGGACUUCCUGUUCAGCUCUCUGCGCCAAAAUUUCCUGAACUCACCUUGUUCCAGCGUUGUAUUACUUGCCUCCAUGAAAUCGACUGCUCUCCAUACCAACAGCUGCCUCCAUCCGCUGUGGAGCCUCGUUCCCGGUCACUUCCUGGGUCCAGUCUUGCGUGUUUCUUGCAAGGUAACGCAAGCUGUUCGGUAUGUUGCUCCUGAACGGUUGAGCAUUGCUCAAUUCGGGAGAAACUCUCAGUUGUCUAGGUAAUUAUGAGGUAGGUUAUUUCGGUACUUUUGUGCUAUAUAUUGAAGCAGUACUUUCCUAGGGAGCAAAUUCGUAUGUUAGGUUAUCUUGAGAUCCAUUUUGCAUCGUUCAUAAGUAUUGUUCUCUUCAUUUUGGGAGUCAAGUUAAUAUUUGUUGAUAUUUCAAUUCACAUAUUUUUAGGAGCUUAUCUAUUAAAAUGGGAUUCCUGGUUGGUUUAUAAAUUUCAAGUUAAUCGGUUUUUCCUACACGACAGUUUUGUUAUGUUCUUUAUUAUGGAAAACUGUAUAUUAUUCUAUGGGAGGGAGGGGUCAACACUAGUGUAUCGUAUCAUAUGUUUCUAGAGUAUUUUCAUUUUGCAACUGUUCACUGUUCUAUUUUGUCCAUGUGUUAGUCAGGUCGGGCAGACAUUUUAAUUAAAACACAUGCGAAUAUGGCCUUAUAGUUAUGGAAUUGUGAAUUAUGUAUAAGUUGUAUUGAUCUGCAAUAAUCUCUCGUUGGUAUCAUAAGGCCCUUUGUGGCAUUCCCAGCAGUUUUCGCAAGCCAUUCAUCAUUUCCUUAAUGUUUAUCGUAAGGUAUAUUAUUUUACGUUAUUUCAAUAUAAUGCCUUUACAUACUAAAGGUAUCACUCAGCAUUAGUCAUAUUGGGUCACAGAUUUUCCAGGCAUUUAUGCAUCUUAUAUGCUUAUCAGUUCUUGGGGGUUGGUGUGGGGCAUGCCUCUCUUACUUUGACCCUCGUAUUGUCCACAAUAAGCAUACUUUAACAAUCAGACGCUUAUAAAUUACGGUUUCUGUCGUAUACAAUCCCGUGGUGGCAUUUCAAUUUAAGGUUAAAACAUGUCUCUUUUUCUAUCUAUUGCUCUUAUUUUAUAAUCAUCUCUAUACUUUACAACUAUUAUUUCCGUCAGGUAUUUUUAGUUCUCUCAGUAAUACUUUAAUGUUACCCUUCCCCCUUUAUUUUCUUUGUUGUUGUUAUACUCAUAGGUAUACGUAUUAAUUUUACUCAUAGAUCUCUAUAAGAAUUCCCGCUUCUUCUGAGAAGUAUUCUGCUGACCACUUUUUGAAUGUGAAUUACCUUCUCCUAUUUUUCUCUCUUGUUAUUCCACUACUUACUUCCAUUCUGUAUUUACUCCUAUAUGUGUAUACUUUUCCUGUAUCUAUACAUUUCUGUCAUAGACUAGACUUUGUUAACUACACAAAUUGGCGAGGCCAAACUCCCUACCUAACCGCAGAGGUUUGCCCACAGCCCUAUGUCAUAGUUAGUGCCUCGCAUACUCUUCUUUCGGGUCCUAGUAAGGAUACACCUGUCAUGGCCAUACGUGUUGAUUCUUUAAACAUCACCGAGAGGCCAACUCCCCUUCAUAAUGUUUCGAUGGCUACGUUUCCUUCAAGCCAAAUCAUAGAUAGAGCCUUUCCCUGCCACUUGGCAAUUAGCAGGGCCUCAUCUAUCACGGGGGAGAUUAAUUGUUUGCUUAAUGGCACUAAUUCAGCCAUCCAGUUCAACAUGUUGGUAUGCAGUUGUAUGGGUCAUUGAUUAUUUGUCACUUUCCAGCAUGUCUCAAGCUUCUAGCCUGUCUAUUUCUGAAACCCCAGCUAGGCCCUGCACUCCCACACAUUCCAGUUCCCCUGCUGACUCACUCAACCCUGCUACUCCCGGGUCUUUGAGGUCAUGGACCAUACCUAAACUAGCCGCUGAGCUGCGCCGUAGGUGCAUCCCCUUUCCAGCCACUGCAAGAUCUCUAGGCUCCUAUACACCCAUGGUAGCAGUCUCGCAGAGUAGUUUGAGUACUGUUACUCCCCUUCCCUCUACGACUCACAUUACCACACCUGCACAUUUGAUCCUUACCUUCAUCAUUCAAGACAUUCUAGAGGGUAAGGAUGUCUCACUACUUAUUGCUUUGCAGGACAUUGUAGAGAACAGAACUUAUAACUACUGGGAUUUGUCAGUGGUCCUUAAGGCCAGGGACCCUAGACUAAAUAAGAAACUUUCAAUCCCCAAGUUCGUACUCGUCUUUGGGCUCUACAGGAACGUCAUAUGUUCCUGUACCCCAGAGGCAGGAGGAACUGGAUCUCUACCUACAAAAGUUGGUGAAUUUAGGGCACAUGUGUGUUUUUUUUUUCUUUUUACGACUAUCACAAGUCGGUGUCAGUUUAAUAUUCAAACCGAUUGGAGACAUUUGGAUACAGAGCUGUUCUGCAGGCAUUUCGCCAGCUUGUAGCCACCUGCUUGUGCGAUUUGUUCAUCUUCCUCCCACUCCUCCAACUUGUACCGCUGCGAAGCCGAUCCAUCUACAUCCACAACCCAUGCAUAUACCACACUCAUAAACAUAGAAACAUAGAAACACUCGGUUCCUCCGUUGCUCAAGAUUGGGGUCAGAAGGAUAAACUGGGCAGACCCAUCGUUUCCUUGGGGAAAGCACAGGUGUGCAACAAUUUUAAUGCUAGUACCUGCAAUUACAGUGCCUGUCAAUUGUUGCACAUCUGCUCGAUAUGUUUUAAGUCACAUGCAAUGCUUUUUCCCAACAAAUGACUUACGGAGGUUAAUCUGGACAAUCUCGUAUAUCACUUACAUUUACACGCUCCCCUCCACCCCCCCACUUGGUGGAAUUCUUGGUGUCUGGUUUUUCCAAAGGUUUUCAUACAGGUCUCGUGCCACUCCCCAGAGGCACACUGGAAUGCCCCAAUCUGUAGUCAGCCUAUUCUGAUCCCUCAACAGUAGAUACUCUAUUGGACAAAGAAGUCCAUCUAGGUUUUGUAUUAGGCCCAUUCUCCCAUCCACCUUUUCUGUCAUGGCGCACGAACCCCAUUGGUGAUGUUCCUCACAAAUCUUCAAAUAAAAAAGGCUUAUUAUUGACCUUUCGGCUCCUCAUUCUUCACAUACACCAAGCACAAAUUCUCUCAUCGCUGCAGAAGAAUUCUCCCUACAUUACGCCACUGUUGAUAACGUCAUACAGGCCUUUUUACACACAGGUAGGCAUGCUUAGUGUAACGGAGCUCCUUGUACUCCGACCGAGUACCCUCCGUUGACGGAUGCUCCUAGCGCUUCCUGAGGACUCCAAGCACUGCAGCAGACACCACAACCACCGCAGACUCCGCAACCGCUGUAUCUGGACUGAAGUCUCGCCGUCUUCCUUCCACCCUGGAUCAGCUUCUGUCCUCCAGGACUGUGUGGGAAAGAACUCUUCCUUCCACCCUGUAUGAACCUCCAGCAUCCAGGACUGUGUGGUGAAGACCCCUCCUCCAAGGAGAGUGUGUCAGGAACAAGCUCUUAAAAGAGCUAAGUGACUCAAGCUCAGGGGAGCAUGCAGAGCAUAGCAAUCCCCAGUGUGAUUAUAACAGCUUCCUCCAAUAACGAGACAAGGCUACGUUUAGAGGGAUCAAGAAGAACUGUCAAAACCUUUAUUUCCCUUGGGACCAGCCAAUAGGGUCACCACAAUAACAUUGUUGUGAAACCUCAAUAACAUCACAAACAGUCAAACCAUAUCAAGCAACACACAGUGACUUAUCACAACACAAUGGCACAUUUUUAAAGGGGUGGGGGGAGACAAUAUUUAACAGUAAAUAUCUCACCUGCCUGCAGAAUUAGCAAUAUGCAAAUCUACCUGAAUAUGCAAAUGAACCAGUCUUGCAAUUCAGGUAGUGCAUAUUGCUGUUGCUACCAACAGAGGGCACUAGACAAACUCCAUAGCCAAACCCACCUAGUUGGUAGCAAACCUCAGCAAUACAAGAGAGCAGGCAAUACAUUACACAGUACACACACACACACUAUAAACAAUUACAUUACACACACCCUGCACCUAUAAUGGGUACAGGGUGACUAAAACAUAAGAUAAAUAAAGCAGCCUACAUAAAUAGUCUGUCUGAAGAUAGACUAGGGGCUUUAAAGCCAGAUACACGAAAGAGUCAUAGUCACAGGGGAGGAGGCUGGCAAGUAGGCCUCUCCAGGACCAAGUGGCGAAGGGCACUUCGUCACACUUAGCUUAGCAAAACUGAUAUCUUUCAAGCUUCUAUGACUUCCCCCAUCCCUAUGGCACAUUCACGGUGUUAAGUGGAGGGAUAAUUAUUACUUUUACACUAGACUCACUUUUUGUUCCAGGAGCACCCCGAAACAGUUAGAUUUUUUUGCAGAAAAGCUCUGUCGGCUGCUCCUUAAUGUCGUUCGAUGUGCCACGGUGAUUCACUACCUCGACAACUUUCUCCUGGUAGAAACUGGUAUUCAGACACCUCAAAGUACUUUCCGCACCCCUGCUUUUUUUUUAUCUCAUUCGGUAUCCCUAUUUCACCUAAGACUCUUGUCCCCUCCACCAGAUUGGUGUUCCUGGGCAUCACCUUGGACACCAAGUUUCAGGCAAGCCUCCUUGGUGAGAAACUGGUUACGCAUCAGGGAGGAGAUGGACCAUUUCCUGCAGGUUGGUUCGUCUACAGGAAGCUUCAGUCUUUACUGGGGUCACUUAGCUUUGCUAUGCGAAUCAUCCCGCAAGGAAGGGCGUUCAUUUCUAGGCUUCUUGUCUCGUACCCCUCUGCAGUAGCUGAUUUACGCAUGUGGCAACAUUUUCUCAUUUCUUGGAAUGGCAUUUAUUUGUUUAUUCCACCUCCUUAUCACUCAUCAUCCCUUAUUAUGACGGAUGCAGCAGCAGGGUUUGCCACUAUUUUUGGGAAUGUUUGGUUCAGAGACUCUUGGCCUACUGAGACCCUCUCCUUGACGGCCUUCAAAGAGACGUCCUCCCUGUUUGAAAUUUACCCCAUAGUGGCAGCUGCGUACCUUUGGACAGGGAAGGCCAUUAGAUGUCUCUGUGACAACGUUGUGGCAUGCAAAAUCAUCAACAGAGGUUGGUCCGAAGAUUGGCUUGGCUUGCCGCCUCGUGCCAAAUUUAUUUGUUCUGUGUGCAUAUUUCAGGUGUUGAUAAUAAAUUGGCUGACACUUUUUCAUGCUCUCAAUUUCAGGUGUUCUUUCGGCUUCACCUCAUAGCAGACAGGCUCCUGUCCAGGACUCCACUAUUCCAAGAGCUUGUGAUGGACUAGCCAGUCUUCUGUCUCACGCCCCGUCACAAUCACGUUCUGCACUCUCUGAUAACACAGAGACAGCUUAUGAUAGGGCUUUGAUAGUUUUUCAAAUGUUUGCCAUGGAAUUCCACAUCCAGGAGCAUUUCUCCAUAGAAUUCAUGGUAGUUUUUUCUUCUUUUUUGCCACCGUCACCUUAAAUUAGCACGAUCGAACUUUAUAUCACAGGGAUUCAACAUCAUGUACUCACCACUUAUACAAAUCACACACCUUUCCUCACAUUCUAUCCCAUUAAAUGUAUAUUAUGGGGUAUUAAUAAAACAGACCCCCUACUUCAUCCAGGUUACCCAUUGAUGGUCCAAUAUUCCGAGACCUCUCUGAUGUACUUGAUUCAUGACCAUUCGACAGUCCUACGAGUUAAGUAAUUAAAACCCCUAUUUAUAUAGCAUUCCACUUUUUUUUUUUUACCCCGAUAGUUUACAGUAGCUAGACAGACAGACAUCAUUUCCAGCUUAAAAAUAUUAGAUAUCACUAAACAUCAUGAUUAAUAUACACUUACUCUACCCACCCUCAGUCAUGUUACACACAAUUUACCACUACUCUCACUGCAAGGAAUCCCUCUGACUACUGCUAAAUUCAUAUUAUACAUUAGAACACUACUCCUGAGAUUGGGAUUCAGUCUGGCAUCAUUUCCAGGUCAUUCAUUUAGAAUAGGGGCAGCUUCAGCCGCUUCCAGCACUGACACCCCAGUACAUAUUAUUAAAAGAUUGGGGAGAUGGAAAUCCUCAGUCUACAAUUGUUAUAUACCUCAUACCGAGAAAGAAAUGAGGAAAGCUUUUAAAUGGUAAAUUUGAUGCAAUAAAGUGUGUUCUUUGAUACCUUUUUGCCCUCUUUUAUUACAGGCCUACCUCUACGUUGGUUACAGCACACCCCAACCAACUUUGCAUUAACCAGAAUCACGCAUUUUACUAUUAUGUUUCCGACCACAAGUUUUAAGGCCAUAGCACUGUAUUUGUGGGAGGAAUUUGAAUCUGUCUAAUCCAAUAAAAACCCCAAUUACCCUCUUGUCUGGGCUGUUUUUGUUCAGGUCAUCCCACCCACCUUACCACUUAUACUUUAUUUAUUAAUACCCUCUUUUAUAACAGGCCUACCUGUACUUUGGUUACGACAUACCCCAACCAACUUUGCAUUAACCCGAAUCACGCACAUUACUAUUAUGUUUCCAACCACAAAUAUAUAUAUAUAUAUAUAUUCUCAUUAGAGAAGCAUUGGAUUGGCUGGAUAAUGUUUUUAAACACUGUAUUGCACAGUUCAUUGUUAUGUAUUCAUUUUCUCUCUGUCUCAAAUAUACUGUUAUUAUUUUAGCUGGUGGUGACGUUUGUGAUUGUUUUUUUCCUUUUAGCAAAUCCCAGUCUCUGACCAACAAUUUCAACAUCUCAGAUCCCUCCCAGCGCUCUGGUGGAAAUGAAGAUGAGGCAAAAGCCGAGACCAUUCGUAACUUGAGAAAAUCCUUUGCCAGUCUCUUCUCUGACUAAUGCCAGGUUCAGCUAUCUGUUGGCUUCAGAGAUGGAAUAAUCUUCCAGACAACUUUUAUUAAUGCCACCUCUUCCUACAGUGACCACAGAUGAUCCUGAUAUUCUCCUUUAGCACUUCAGGAUCAUACAGAAACAAAUCAUGCUCCACCAAAGCCUGAAUACUUAGUGAAAUAAGAGCUUAUGGUCAAACCUCCUUCUGCAAAAUACAAAUAAAAACCACACGUGUCAGGUAUUAUUAUUUUGGAUCUAGAUCCAAUUCGAGGAUAGGUAGUCUAUAUGACCAGCAAGGUUCCAGUUUAUUGGAGAAUGACCAUUUACAUUCUUGAGCUUUUGCCAUGUCCUUUAACCCCGUAAGGACACAUGACAUGUCAUGAUUCCCUUUUAUUCCAUAAGUUUGGUCCUUAAGGGGUUAAACAUGGUAGGUUAACCAUGCUCUACUUUUAUAUAUUUUAGUCAACUCAGAGCUUUUAAAAUGUGUCAGGCAUUCAGAGUCUGUUGUUUAUUAAACCAAACGAUGUGUCCUGAGUCAACAAUGUACCAAUGUAUGAGCCAGAAAUAGCAGUGCUCAAGUCUGGUUAUCAGGAAGUCACAAUAAUGUUGAUAUCCAGGAAUACUAUUGGCACCCAGACCACUUAAUCUGAUUAAAGUAGUCUGCGUACAGUUUCCCUGUUCGCUUAACCCUGCAAUCUAAAGCAUUGCUGCUACAGAGAAACGUCAAUGUUUACAUUGCACUGUUAAGAUUGCAUCUAGUGGCUGUCUACCAGUUUCAUGAAGUUGACUCUGUGAAACGGUAAUGACGUGCUCACGCUUUGCAUGAGGAUAUCCAGCGUGAUGAGAAACCAUUGCGUCAAUAUGUUUCUAUGGGGAAGACCUAAUAUGCAUGGCACUUGCCACACAUGUGCAUUAGGUUCCCACAUUGACGUGACAUCAGAGGAGGAGGGGGACAUCAGCGCUGGAAUCAGGUAAGUGUUUAAAGGUUUUUUUUUAACCGUUUACAUGGCCGGAGGGGCAGAGGGACACUCUAGUGUUAUGAAUAUAGCUAUGUAUUCUUACUACUAUAGUGUUUCUUUACUGCUUGAAUUUUCUUAUUACAAUCCAAUAAAAUAAUGGAUUCAUUGAUUGUCCUGCAAGAGAUCAAGCAGAAAUUACCCCAAAUUAUGGAGCCUUGAAGAGUCAAGCUAGUCUUCAAAGGACAGGCCCAACUUUAGUUUUUAAAGGGAAGCUAUGAUGAAAAUAUUGCUUUGGAGAUUUAAAGACAUGGUAGCAUUAUGUACAAUACUGUAGUGAAAAGUAUAUGUUCAGCUGCUUUCAUUCAUAAUGCAAACUUAUCAGAUUAAUAUUGGUACAUAAGCAGCUUUGUAUCUAUUUGUACUUGUAUAUGUUUCUUUUGUCCAAAAUACCACAGUAACAAGAUGAAGGAUGUAUGUGUGCAUAUAAAAUGCAAAACAUAUAGAAAAAUCAUUAAAAAGGCAUUGGAAUUAUGCAAAAUUUUGAUACUAGGUUCCCUUAAAGAAAAAGUAUACAUUAAAUUAAAAACACAAAUCUGCUUUGCUGCAAAAAUUUAUUUCAGACUCAUAACCUGGAGCUGUAUUAGGUUCACUAAAGGUUAAUAUUUAAAAGAUAUCUUAUUAUCCCAGACCCCAGUCUAAUAAAAUGUGAGGCUAAUUUCUGGUCAUUCUAACCUUGGCCAAGAUUAGACACUCCAAUGUUCUGCUGAAGCAUGAAACUACGUCCUGUCUAAUGCUGCCAGUCUGUGUAAAGACUACGCCUAUUCCAAGAUGGUUCAAGCCAUGAGUUGAGGAUCACAAUUCCUUCCAUCAAAACCUGCUCACUGAAUUGCUCUUGUUCUGACACUAAUGCCUACAAGAGACCUUGCAUUCUUUUAUUCCCAACCCUGACAAGCCUCAUGUUUACCAAAUGCACAUGGACACCACAUUUACACUUAUUGCACCAAUAUCUAGUUACUUGAUGGCCCGUUAUACAUUAUAUAAGUUUUGUACCCAUUAGUAAAUUUCCGCUUGGUUCUGGUCUGUUUAUGCUUAGUCAUCUUGGGACAGGUUUAUGCAACAGUGUCUACUGCAAUAUAAUAUCUUCCUAUAUUACCUGUACAAUCAAAAACCACUUGUCUUCCCAUUCCUUACAGUAAUCCUUCCAUACAGAUUAACAAUUAUAUUCUUUAAGAUUUACAUGAAAUUCAAGAUACAUGUCAAUACUGUCUUAAUCGCUUAUGGUUACGUGACUUUGAGACAUCCUGUAUUUCUUGAUCUUAAUCCACCCAGCAAGAAAGAUGUUAAUAAAGUUGAAGUGUGUUUUUGGAUACUUUUAUCAGGACACAGCUACUGUGCUUCCAAGGUCUCUAAAAAGGCCAACUACGAAGCCAUAUACUUGAUGUUUUCAUUCUGUUUAACAGAACUCAUAACCAAUAUGAUGGUAAAACUAGCAUUUGUGUGUCUUGCUUUAAGUGUAUCUAUCCUCCCCCUCACCAAAUAUAUGUUUAUCGUAAGUAACAGAGAAUUUAAAACCUCUUUAUAUGUUGUCUUAACAUAGUUUACCAUAUACUGCCUAAACUGAUUAACUAAAUAAAGCUGCUCUAACAAUUUUUCGUGCAUCCUCAACUAACACUUUGAGAAGAGUGGUACUACUGUGAAAAAAAUAUUUUACAUUUUUUCACUAAUAGAGAGGCACAUAUUUAAUUAAGAACCAGACAAGAAUAUACAUUCACACAUAGAGAAGACUCUGCUAAGACAAAUGAUACCCAUAUACACAUAUAAGAUACACAAUUAUGUAUCAAGCCAGCAUUCUUCAUACUUGUCCUCAACAUUUGUAAAUCAAUACGAAUGUUUUGAAAAGUUUGUAACUGGUCAAGUGUUUUUUUUUUUUGUUAGUGUUUUAAAUAGUCAAAACAAGCACAUAACAAGUACAUCUUAAUGAAAUUUAAAUGGGGUCAUGAGUAUCUUGGCACCACUGUACCACUGUAUUAAAUGUUUUUUAGAAUUGAUGUAUCAUUUUAAAAAUGUUAACACAACAAAUAGACAGGUUUGUUUUUUUUAAAUACUGAUUAAUAUAAUUUAUUUUAGGUUAUCUAAACUCUGUUUUAUCUAAACUAGUUAGCUGCAUGUUCAAGAAGAUUUAACCUGGAAAUCAUUUUUUGUAGCGAAAUAUUCAUUUAGUGACAUACUAUUCUACAAUAAAACAAAGGUCAUAGAAACUCACGUUUGUAAGCUCCUAAUGCAGAAAUAAUAGUAUAUGUGCAUAAAAAGAAAUGUGAAUAAAAUGAUUUCAAACUGUUUCAGGUAGGAGAGCAGAAGAUAUGACCCUGAAGCCCCAUCUUGUUUCUCACCCUCCUCAGUUAAUGUUCUAUUUCUGUAUUUGUGUUUAUUUAUUGACAACAUUAAAAGCAAAAUGAAAUAAAA